GUAGCCUGAAAAAUCAAAACAAACUACUCUGGGAAAUAAGCUAGUGGCUGAAUGCUACUCUGUGUCUGUAACUACAUUACCAGACUGAGUAGUUGUCUCAGAAAGAGACCGUCAUCAUGUCGAAUAUGGAGAAAUACUUGUUCAACCUCAAGUUUGCUGCCAAGGAGCUUCAGCGAAACUCAAAGAAAUGUGUCAAAGAGGAAAAGGCAGAAAAAGCUAAAGUGAAGCAGGCUAUCCAGAAGAAUAAUGUGGAGGCAGCCAGGAUCCAUGCAGAGAAUGCCAUCCGCCAGAAACAUCAGUCCAUUAACUUCUUGAGGAUGAGUGCCCGUGUGGAUGCUGUGGCAUCCAGGGUCCAGACUGCUGUCACUAUUAACCAGGUGUCUAAAUCCAUGUCUGGGGUCGUCAAGAGUAUGGAUGCUACACUGAAAAGCAUGAACCUGGAGAAGAUCUCUGCAUUAAUGGACAAGUUUGAAAACCAAUUUGAAACUCUUGACGUGCAGACAGCUCAGAUGGAAGACACUAUGGGCAACACCACAACUCUGACAACACCUCAGAAUGAGGUGGAUAUGCUGUUGCAUGAGAUGGCUGAUGAAGCAGGUUUGGAUCUUAACCUGGAGCUUCCUUCAGGCCAGAUUUCCUCACUGGCCUCAUCUGUGGCAUCAACAGAGCAGGAUGAGCUCUCCCAGAGGCUGUCUAGACUGAGAGACCAGGUGUCAUAAUGAUGCAGAAAAUAACAAGAUCAGGAGGAGGGAGAAGAGCAAGAGAAGCAAGAAGAGACAAGGAGUGAACAGAGUAAAAGAAAAAGUGGAGAAUAAAUGAAAAAAGGUGCAAUGUGCCUGCAAGCUCUGUGCCCUCCUUUGUGUUCCCGGUUUUGUUUCUCUUGUGAGGAAUAAAGGAGUUGCCUCAUAGCAGAAAAGGAUUGUUGGAAGAGAGGUGUUGUUUACAGUCCUGGUAUUAACUGCAUUGCUCGUUCAUUUGCACACUCGUAUUAUUAUUUAUUAUCUCAGAUAUAGGACACCACUGUGUUAUAUGUUUAUUUAUUUUUACUUGUGUAUUAUAUAAUAACUCAUACCUCAUACCAAAUGGGUUAUACACUACAUAUAAAAUAUAAAGAGCAAUAUCUUUAUUUAUGUGUGUAUUUAUUUAUUUACUGACUGGAUGUAACUAAGGGCAUGUUUACUAUUUUUCCUGCAUGACUGAGGAUGUGAAGACUCCUGUUUUUUGCUUCCAGUUUUGGCUGUACUGGUGUGACCCAAGUUUAUUACAUUUUUUUAUAUUUUACCCAAAAAGAGAUUUUUAGAUAAAUGUUUGCCUUAAGUAUGCUUCCAAUGCAGCUGGAAUAUUAUUGAUUGUCUUCAUGUAGCGGUAACCACUAUGGUGGAUUACCAUGCACUUAUAUGCACAGACAGACAGUCAUUAAAAGAGUUUUUAAAAUGU